AUGUCAUUUCACCAAAAAUUUAUUGUUUUGAACAAUGGAAACAAAAUUCCUGCAAUAGCCAUCAUCGGCACGGGCACUAGAUGGUUCAAAAACGUUGAAACAGACGCCACUUUUUCCAACAGUUUAGUGGAACAGAUUAUGUACGCUCUGGAGCUGCCUGGUAUUGUUCAUAUCGAUGCAGCUGAGAUUUACAGAACAUAUCCAGAAGUCGGAAAGGCACUCAGCCUCACCAAAAAACCGAGAGACGAAAUAUUCUUGACGGACAAGUACUCCACUCAGAUCAAGGUGUCAGAUUCUCCAGCCGCGGGACUAGAGGUUUCUUUGAAAAAAAUGGGCACAGACUACGUUGAUUUGUACCUCUUGCAUAGUCCAUUUGUCUCCAAAGAGGCGAACGGAUUUACUCUGGAAGAGGCUUGGAAGGAUAUGGAGCAGCUGUACAAGGCGGGCAAGGCCAAAAACAUUGGUGUUUCCAACUUUGCUGUAAAGGACUUGGAAAAGAUCUUGAAAAUUGCGGAAGUCAAGCCUCAAGUGAAUCAAAUAGAAUUCAGUCCCUUCUUGCAAAAUCAAACGCCAGGAAUCUACAAGUUUUGCCAAGAUAAUAAUAUAUUGCUGGAAGCAUACUCACCACUAGCACCUUUACAAAAGAAAACUGCACAGGAUGACUCUAAACCAUUUUUCGAAUACGUGAAAGAGCUAUCUGAAAAAUACUUCAAGUCUGAAGCUCAGAUUAUCCUACGUUGGGUAAGCAAACGUGGCGUUUUACCUGUGACCACGUCUUCUAAGCCUCAAAGAAUUUCUGACGCCCAAAAUUUGUUCUCCUUUGAUUUGACCGAUGAGGAAGUUGACGAAAUAACUGAGUUAGGUUUGGCACAUGAGCCCUUGAGACUGUAUUGGAAUGAAGUGUAUGAUAAGUACAAUUACGCUGCUCAAAAAGUAUAA